UUAAUCUAAUUAAUAAUCCGAUCGUUUUGGUUCCUCCUAGCCUGAGUUUUCCCUCUCCAUGAACUUGCGCCGGACGGGUCGUUGAGGUAUUCUUCUUCAAUCUUUGUUCAUAUAAUGAGAGUAUAGUUUGGCUGAAACUCUGAUUCAGAGAUGAAUUUUAUUAGGGAUCGAGAAGAAAUUUCAGUGUUGUGUAGUCUGAGGAAUUGGAAGUAUGGAUUGAUCAAGAAAAAUUGUCCAGAAGUUCUAUGUUUUUCUAUGGAAAUUCAUCGCGUGGGUACAUUUGGCUUGUGUAACCGCCCAAGCCCACUGCUAGCAGAUAUUGUUCUCUUUGAGCUUUCCCUUAUGGGCUUCCCCACAAGGUUUUUAAACACGUUUGCUAGGGCACAUGCCCAUGUGAAGGGAAUUGCUCGAGUCGAUGGGCACAGACGAAGAUUGAAAACUAUCCCCUGCAAGUCAGGAACUCAGAGACGAGUGCAUCAUUUCACUCCUCCAGCUCGAAAGAUCAGAUCGAAACAAAAUUCAUACACUAGACCGUCCGAAUAUGCAGAACUGCCCAAUGGUAGUCAUGACCCUCCACCAAACAACCCCGAAAAGGCCCUGAGCAUCUAAGGCUCUAAUGCUAACAUAUUUUGUCGUCUAACAAUCCAAGCCCACUACUAAUAGAUAUUGUCUGUUUUAGCCCGUUACGUAUCAUCGUCAUACUUACGAUUUUUAAAACACGUCAGCUAAGGAGAGAUUUCCACACCUUUAUAAGAAAGGGGAUCUUAGUGUCCUUGCCAGCAACCACCCAACGUCUAGUCGAUGCAAUGGAACUAAGCAAGCAAACAUACAUACAAUAGAUGCCAAUGAAUUCUUAAAAGCUGUGAUGAAAGGUUGAUGCUAUGGAGGAGGCCAAGCAGAUGUAUGCAGCCAAGUAUUUGAACACAUAUCCAAUUAAAUCCCGAGCGCUCAACGCUCGAACGAGGUUAAUAUACUACUCGUUUCAAUGAUCAACUGUUUGAUUCUUAUAUAUCCUUUGAAAUCAUAUUGAACAUGUAUAUUUCUA